AGUGAACCCCUUUCCAAAAAAAGAAAAAAAAAAAAAAGGAGAGAAGGGGCACUGCAAAAUCACAAGAGGUGCAACUCUUCACCCGUCUUCUUCGAGACUAAAGGGGUGAUGGGUUGCACUCGAUUCUUUUUUCAUAAAAGUAUGAAGUUUCAGGAGAAAGUGGGGGAGAGAGAAAUUUUGAAGCUUUGGUUGUAAGAAAUAUGGUUUUCUGGGUUCAUGAACUCUUAAAUUGGUGAUACGUGUGAAGCUUUAUUUACAAGUAUAUGCUUUUUUGGGUUUUGGUUUUGCGCAUAUAUACAGUUUCCUUUACUCAAAGGAAUGCUUUUGAUGCUGUAAUUUGUCUCAAAUGAAGGCCUUUUUCACCAGGGAAAGUACUUCAAGGAACGUUUUUUAGGGGGCAAGAUAUUGCCUUUGAUUUGUUGUUAUUACUGGGUUUUUUUAGUACUGUUUCCAUUUUUCUGCUUUCUGUGUUAGGUGCAAUUUAUUGGGUUUUCCAUUUGUUUCUGAGUUAGUGGAUUCCAUUUGGUGCAAUUUUCUUUUAUUUCUAAUUUAAUGGGUUUUCUGAAAAUAUAUUGACUAUUGUGGGUGGAAGUGCUUUUGGAUCUGUGUUUAAUCAUGGGAAUCAUGGAAAUUCCAAAGGGUUUCUGUGCUUCUCUCAAGAGCUUUCUCUAUUUCUUGCCCUUCUUUCUUGGGCUUCUCUUUCUGGGCAUAAUAAAAGGCUUAAUAUUUUGCCUUCCAGUUUGGGUAAUAAUGGCAAUUGGGAAUUCAGCGGUAAUAAUCGGUCUAUGGCCAGCACAUGUAGUUUGGACACAUUAUUGCAUAGCAAGGGCCAAACAGCUAGGGCCACUUUUGAAGAUUGCGCUAUGUAUUUGCGUUUCAGUUCUCCUCGUUUUAUGGCCAAUAGUAGGAAUUGCUGGUAGUAUAUUGGUAGGAGCAGGCUAUGGCUUAUUAAGACCACUAAUUUGUACAUUUGAAGCUGUCGGAGAGGGGAAGAUUGACCAAUUUUACCACUGUGUAGUGGAUGGGACAUGGAGCACAAUAACAGGAUGUUUUAUCAUAGUAAGGGACUUCACAGACGUCUGUUUCUUCUCAUAUUUCUUUAUUAUGGAUGAUCUUAGCCACCAAGAGCCUCCAAGUGGAAUACGACAUGAAAUCAGGUUGUUUCGUUUGAUUGGUUGUAUCAUAAUUGGACUGCUUGGCAUUUUAGUUGACAUGCCACUGGUCUUGUUGAUAGCUCUUUACAAGAGCCCCUACAUGCUUUUUAAAGGGUGGCACCGUCUGGUACAUGAUCUUAUAGGAAGGGAAGGACCUUUCUUGGAGACUGCAUGUGUGCCAUUUGCUGGGCUGGCUAUUCUUCUGUGGCCAUCAGUAGUAAUCGGAGCUAUACUUAGUUCAAUUUUCUUUAGUUUUUUCUUGGGCUUGUUUGCGGCUGUCGUGACUUACCAGGAAUCCUCGGCCUGCUUUGGACUAGCCUACAUUAUGUCUGCCAUAUCCUUGUACGAUGAAUAUACGAAUGAUGUUUUGGACAUGCGAGAAGGCUCUUGCUUUCCAAGGCCUCAAUACCGGAAAAAGAAGCCCUCCCUUUCUGGCUCACUCUCCAGGCCUGCUUCUUUCAUGAAAGAGAAACCCGAAGGAAGGGGCCCCCCACUGCGUGCCCAGUCUUUUAGGGAUUCCAUGGUUGAAUUGAAACCUCUAGAGGUACUUGAUCACAUCUUUGUGGAAUGUAAACGCCAUGGAGAAAACCUGGCUCUUGGAGGGCCAAUAACAAUGAAAGAUAUUGAACAAUGGAGAUCAAAUAAUGGAGGAAACAGGAUCCUGAGCAUUGGCUUACCAGCAUAUUGCAUUUUUCAAGGACUUUUACGGUCAGCCAAGGCGAAUUCUCCUGGUUUUCUAUUAAGUGAUAAAACGGAGAUAACUACCACGAACAAACCUAGAGAGAAGCUCUUUGAUUGGUUCUUUGAUCCGUUAAUGAUAAUCAAGGAGCAGAUCAAAGCACAGAGGCUUUCAGAGGCUGAAGAGGACUAUCUGAAUAAAUUGGUUUUAUUCGGUGGUGAGUCUGAGCGAAUGAAGGACUGGAAUAUUGGGUCCCCACCUGAAUCUGAGAUUAAGCGUGCUGAAAUUGAAGCUUUAGCCCGAAGGCUGCGAGGGAUCAGCAAGUCAAUCUCAAGGUUUCCAACAUUCAGGCGCCGGUUUGAGAACCUUGUGAAUAGCUUAGCGGAAGAGAUAGAGACGAGGAAUGAAAGAAGCGUGUCAUCUUCAAGAUCAAGAAGCAUUGUAAGGAGACUGUCAAGCCUAAAAUCCUUCGGUAGUAGAAAGUUGGGGCCUUCUAAAGAAGAGGAAGCCCAACCUGUAGUAAAUAGCUCUGAAAUUGUAUGAACAAUGUCACAUUUAUUUUUCAUUCAGAGGGAGUAGCAAAAAUUGUAUGAACAAUGUCCUUCUAAAGAAGAGGAAGCCCAACCUGUUGUAAAUGGCUCUGAAAUUGUAUGAACAAUGGCACAUAUAUUUUUCAUUCAGAGGGAGUAGCAAAAAUUGUAUGAACACUGUCCUUCUAAAGAAGAGGAAACCCAACCUGUAGUAAAUGGCUCUGAAAUUGUAUGAACAAUGUCACAUUUAUUUUUCAGUCAA